AUGGGGGAAAUGGUGAGACGGCGCCCCAUCAUUGCUGGCAGGGAAAGAGGGCCCGGACCGGGGCGUUAUGCUCUUCCACCCACUAUCGGUUACAUAAACCAUGACUACACCAAACCCAGCAGCCCGGCCUAUUCCUUCCACAGCCGCAUGAGCAGCAACAUGGUGUCCGUGGAUUCCAGUCCAGGACCGCAGUAUCAUGUAGAUGCCAAAAUGACACGCUUUGGCAGAGACGGUACCCCAUCGUACUCCAUGCUGGGCAAAAAAAAGACAGGUGAUACAUUCCAGACUCCGGGACCCGUAGCCUACAGUCCUGAGAAAGCUCCACCUUUGAACCUUCACCACAGAUCUCCGUCUUACACCAUGGCCUUCCGUACACGCUACCGUAUUGUGGAUCCUGUACCGGCCCCCAACCGCUACACCUUACCCAACCUCUUCAGCUCUCACGUUCCCCACAAACCCUCCAGCGCCAGCUUCACCAUGUCAGCACGCAGGAAAGCAGGCGGCCCAUCGGAGGACUUAUCCAUGACCCCGGGGCCCGGCCGUUACAACAGCACAGAUCCGAGCAUCUACCUGAACAGACAGCCUUCUUUCUCUAUGCACAGCCGUUUUAAUAUCCCCACCGAUGCCACUCGGAAACCUGGCCCAGGCACACACAGCCCAGAAAAGGUGACGGAAUAUCUGCAUCGUGCACCGUCUUUCUCCAUGGGUGUUCGUCACUCAGAGUUUGUAACGCCUCUGAUUGUUGACGUAUUAGACUGAAGGGUUUCAUGCAAGGCUU